AUGGCGGAUCGGACAGCUCCUAGAUGCCAGCUUCGGCUGGAGUGGGUUUACGGUUACAGGGGUCACCAGUGCCGCAACAACCUGUACUAUACGGCGGGCAAGGAGGUGGUCUACUUCGUGGCUGGAGUCGGGGUGGUGUACAACACCCGGGAGCAUAACCAGAAAUUCUUCUUGGGGCACAACGACGACAUUAUCAGCCUUGCCUUACACCCGGAUAAAACCCUGGUUGCUACUGGACAAGUUGGAAAGGAUCCUUAUAUUUGCAUUUGGGAUUCUUAUAAUGUACAGACAGUUUCUAUUCUUAAAGAUGUACAUACACAUGGAAUCGCUUGUCUGGCUUUUGAUUCAGAUGGACAGCGUUUAGCCUCUGUGGGAUUGGAUGCCAAAAACACAGUCUGCAUUUGGGACUGGAAGAAAGGAAAAUUACUGGCAACAGCAACUGGCCAUUCUGAUAGGAUUUUUGAUAUUUCCUGGGAUCCAUAUCAGCCAAACAGAGUGGUUAGUUGUGGAGUGAAACAUAUUAAGUUUUGGACACUAUGUGGAAAUGCCCUGACUGCAAAAAGAGGAAUAUUUGGCAAAACAGGGGAUCUACAGACGAUCCUUUGCCUUGCAUGUGCCAAAGAAGAUGUGACCUAUUCUGGUGCUUUAAAUGGAGAUAUCUAUGUCUGGAAAGGGCUAAAUUUAGUCCGCACGAUUCAAGGCGCUCAUAGUGCUGGAAUCUUUAGCAUGUACGCCUGUGAUGAGGGCUUUGCCACUGGUGGUCGAGAUGGGUGCAUACGGUUAUGGGAUAUUGAUUUCAAACCAAUAACCAAAAUUGAUCUCAGGGAAACUGAGCAAGGAUACAAAGGUUUGUCCAUCCGUAGUGUUUGCUGGAAAGCAGAUCGACUUUUAGCAGGUACACAGGACAGUGAAAUAUUUGAAGUGAUAGUGAGAGAAAGAGAUAAGCCGAUGCUGAUCAUGCAAGGUCACUGUGAAGGGGAGCUCUGGGCUCUGGCUGUCCAUCCCAAGAAACCUUUAGCUGUUACAGGCAGUGACGAUCGAUCUGUCCGAUUGUGGAGCCUUGCUGAUCAUGCCUUGAUUGCCCGUUGUAACAUGGAAGAAGCAGUACGUAGUGUAUCGUUCGGCCCAGAUGGAUCUCAGCUAGCCCUGGGAAUGAAAGAUGGGUCUUUCAUUGUCCUCCGAGUCAGAGAUAUGACAGAAGUGGUUCAUAUUAAAGACCGAAAGGAAGUAAUCCAUGAAAUGAAAUUUUCUCCAGAUGGUUCUUAUCUUGCAGUAGGGUCCAACGAUGGCCCAGUGGAUAUCUAUGCUGUUGCUCAACGGUAUAAAAAAAUUGGAGAAUGUAACAAAUCCUUUAGUUUUAUUACUCACAUUGACUGGUCUAUGGAUAGUAAAUACUUACAAACUAAUGAUGGUGCAGGAGAACGAUUAUUCUACAAGAUGCCAUCUGGAAAACCCUUAACAAGUAAAGAGGAAAUCAAAGGGAUUCAUUGGACUGCCUGGACCUGUGUGAUUGGGCCUGAAGUGAGUGGAAUUUGGCCCAAAUACAAUGACAUUACUGAUAUUAACUCAGUAGAUGCGAAUUACAACAGUUCAGUGCUAGUCACUGGAGAUGACUUUGGACUGGUUAAAUUAUUUAAAUUUCCUUGUCUAAAGAAAGGAGCUAAAUUUAGGAAGUAUGUUGGCCAUUCAGCUCACGUAACAAAUGUCCGCUGGUCACAUGAUUUCCAGUGGGUGUUGAGUACAGGAGGUGCUGACCACUCAGUUUUUCAGUGGAGGUUUAUUCCAGAAGGUGUGACCAACGGUAUCCUUGAUUUAGCACCCCAGGAGGGUGGCAGUGAUUCAUAUAGUGAAGAAUCAGAUUCGGAUUUAUCAGAUGUGCCAGAGCUGGACUCAGAUAUUGAGCAAGAAGCUCAAAUCAACUAUGAACGCCAGGUUUACAAAGAAGAUCUACCUCAGUUGAAACAACAAAGUAAAGAGAAAAACCAUUCUGUGCCCUUCCUUAAAAGAGAAAAAGCCCCAGAGGACAGCUUGAAGCUACAGUUCAUACAUGGUUAUAGAGGCUACGAUUGUAGAAAUAAUCUGUUCUAUACCCAAACUGGAGAGGUGGUCUACCAUAUUGCAGCAGUUGCUGUUGUGUACAAUCGGCAGCAACACUCCCAAAGAUUGUAUCUUGGACAUGAUGAUGACAUUCUCAGCCUAGCUAUUCAUCCAGUGAAAGACUACGUAGCUACUGGACAGGUUGGAAGAGAUGCUGCUAUCCACGUAUGGGACACCCAAAAUCUGAAAUGCUUGUCACUGUUAAAGGGACAGCAUCAGAGAGGCGUGUGUGCUCUGGAUUUCUCAGCUGAUGGGAAAUGUCUGGUGUCUAUCGGUUUAGAUGAUUUUCACAGUAUUGUAUAUUGGGACUGGAAAAAAGGAGAAAAGAUAGCAACAACAAGAGGUCAUAAAGAAAAAAUAUUUGUAGUAAAGUGCAACCCACAUCAUGUGGACAGACUGGUUACUGUUGGGAUAAAGCACAUCAAAUUCUGGCAGCAAGCAGGUGGGGGCUUCACAUCUAAACGAGGAAUCUUUGGCAGUAUUGGGAAACUGGAAACAAUGAUGUCUGUGUCUUAUGGACGCAUGGAAGACCUGGUAUUCUCAGGAGCUGCUACUGGAGAUAUUUUUAUUUGGAAAGAUAUUCUUUUACUUAAGACUGUGAAAGCUCAUGAUGGGCCUGUUUUCGCUAUGCAUGCAUUGGAUAAGGGUUUUGUAACAGGUGGAAAAGAUGGAAUCGUGGAACUGUGGGAUGAUAUGUUUGAGAGAUGCUUGAAGACUUACGCUAUUAAAAGAUCUGCAUUAUCAACUAGCUCUAAAGGUUUGCUCUUGGAAGACAAUCCCUCAAUUCGGGCCAUCACUUUGGGACAUGGACAUAUCCUGGUAGGGACCAAGAAUGGAGAGAUACUUGAAAUUGAUAAGAGUGGCCCUAUGACUCUGCUUGUUCAGGGGCAUAUGGAGGGAGAAGUCUGGGGUCUGGCAGCUCAUCCUCUCCUGCCUAUCUGUGCAACUGUGAGUGAUGAUAAAACUCUUCGGAUCUGGGAACUGUCAUCCCAGCACCGUAUGUUGGCUGUUCGGAAGCUCAAAAAAGGUGGGAGAUGCUGUGCCUUUUCUCCUGAUGGGAAAGCCUUAGCAGUUGGGCUGAAUGAUGGAAGCUUCUUAGUUGUAAAUGCUGAUACUGUUGAAGAUAUGGUCUCCUUUCACCACAGGAAAGAGAUGAUCUCUGAUAUCAAAUUUUCCAAAGACACAGGGAAAUACCUGGCUGUGGCAUCUCAUGAUAAUUUUGUAGAUAUUUACAAUGUACUCACCAGCAAAAGAGUUGGUAUCUGCAAGGGUGCUUCAAGUUAUAUUACACACAUCGACUGGGAUUUGAGAGGAAAAUUGUUACAAGUCAACUCAGGUGCCAAAGAACAACUCUUUUUUGAAGCCCCAAGAGGAAAAAGACACAUAAUACGAGCUUCAGAGAUUGAGAAGAUAGAAUGGGACACUUGGACAUGUGUUUUGGGUCCUACUUGUGAAGGAAUCUGGCCAGCACACAGCGAUGUGACAGAUGUGAAUGCUGCUAGUCUUACCAAAGAUUGCUCCCUUCUAGCCACAGGAGAUGACUUUGGUUUUGUCAAAUUAUUUUCAUAUCCUGUAAAGGGCCAACAUGCAAAAUUCAAGAAAUACGUGGGGCAUGGUGCCCAUGUCACCAAUGUCAGAUGGUUGCAUAGUGAUUCGGUACUGCUAACUGUAGGCGGCGCUGAUACGGCUCUGAUGAUCUGGACAAGAGAGUUUGUAGGAACUCAGGAAAGUAAAUUGGUUGACAGCGAAGAGUCAGAUACAGAUGCUGAAGAGGAUGGAGGCUAUGACAGUGAUGUUGCCAGAGAAAAGGCCAUUGACUAUACCACUAAGAUCUACGCGGUAAGCAUCAGGGAAAUGGAAGGCACUAAACCACAUCAACAGUUGAAAGAGAUUUCAAUGGAGGAAAGGCAGGGAAUUGUCAAGGGAUCCAGGCCACCAGUUAGCAGGGCAGCUCCCCAGCCAGAGAAACUACAGAAGAAUAACAUCACCAAAAAAAAGAAACUGGUUGAGGAGCUGGCUUUAGAUCAUGUAUUUGGCUAUCGAGGAUUUGAUUGUCGUAAUAACCUGCAUUACCUUAAUGAUGGUGCUGAUAUCAUCUUCCACACCGCAGCUGCAGGCAUAGUUCAGAAUCUUUCCACAGUAAUAAUAACCUCUCCAACAAGAAAAAGCUGGUCUCCUCGGGUUCCCAUCCACUUGCAGGUGUCCACAGGGGCUUACAAGCGUCAGGUCCACGAAGUUCCACUGGGGAAGCAGGUGACCGAUACCACAGUCAUCGAGAAUAUCACCUGGGCCACCUGGACAAGCAUUCUAGGAGAUGAAGUCAUCGGGAUCUGGCCCCGAAACGCAGACAAGGCUGACGUCAACUGCGCCUGUGUGACCCACGCCGGCCUCAACGUGGCCACUGGAGAUGACUUUGGGCUGGUGAAACUCUUCGAUUUUCCAUGUACAGAAAAAUUUGCCAAACACAAGCGCUACUUUGGUCACUCGGCUCACGUCACCAACAUCCGGUUCUCCCAUGAUGACAAAUACGUGAUCAGCACCGGAGGAGACGACUGCAGUGUAUUUGUGUGGAGAUGUUUGUAA